AUGCGUGUCAAUCUGGCUCUUCUCUUUGGUAUUCUCCUUGGUAUUAUGUUGGUAUCAGUGAGUGGUCGUCAAAUAGCUUUGGAUGAUACAGAUGACAAUGCUUUGUAUUUAUCCAAAUCAAAAGCUCGCUCGUUUUUGGAUGCAUUAGAAAGCGAUGAUGAUAUAGACUUUCAACGUCGUCAACAACCACAAUGCGUUCGAUGCAAAUUUGGUUUGGGUAAAUGUUGUUUGCCAAACUUUUGUCGUAAGAAACAUUUUCUACCAAAUGAAUGUAUAGAAGUGAAAACCGGUAAAUAG